AUGGUGGAUGUUGAUAUUGGUGCUGGUGGAGAUAACCCCAGAAGAAAAAUGGAUGCUCUUACAGAUAGUAGCGCCGAGAUUGUUCCGUUGGAACUCUAUGAUUCAUCCCGAGCCAAAAUAGCUGCUAAUCUACAGUGGAUCUGCGCGAAAGCUUAUGGAAUAGAUAACAUCCCGGAGGAAUUAAAAGAUCCCUUUUAUAUAGACCAGUAUGAGCAGGAGCACAUCAAACCGCCUGUCAUCAAGCUGUUGCUAUCCAGCGAGCUGUACUUCCGCGUCUGCAGUCUUAUUCUCAAAGGGGAUCAGGUGGCCGCGCUGCAGGGACACCACUCGGUCAUCCAGGCGCUCUCCCGGAAAGGGAUUUACGUCAUGGAGAGCGACGACACGCCCGUGUCCGAAUCCGAUCUCAGCUCUGCGCCGAUCAAAAUGAGUCCACACAUGGCAAUGAUUGAUGCUCUCAUGAUGGCCUACACGGUAGAGAUGAUCAGCAUUGAGAAAGUCGUGGCGAGCGUCAAGUGUUUUUCUACGUUCAGCGCCUCCAAGGACUUGCCCUACGAUCUGGAAGACGCGAUGAUAUUUUGGAUUAACAAGGUGAACCUAAAAAUGAGAGAGAUUACAGAAAAAGAGAUUAAAUUAAAACAGCAAUUACUGGAAAGCCCAGGUCAUCAAAAGUCUCCUUCCAAGUGGUAUUGGAAAUUAGUGCCUGUACGUUACCGCCGAGAUCAUCUCUCCAGCCGACAGCUGCCCUUUUUCCCGUUACUUGAAGACCUGAUGAAGGAUUGUAGCGAUGGGGCAGCUUUACUGGCUGUAAUCCAUUAUUAUUGCCCUGAGCAAAUGAAGCUUGAUGAGAUUUGCUUGAAAGAGGUCACCUCGAUCGCGGACAGCAUCUACAACAUCCAGCUGCUUCGAGAAUUUGCAAACGAGUACCUGAACAAAUGCUUUUACCUUACCUUGGAGGAUAUGCUGUAUGCCCCCUUAGUUCUAAAGCCCAAUGUAAUGGUGUUCAUUGCCGAGUUAUUCUGGUGGUUUGAGAACGUCAAGCCGGAUUUUGUGCGGCCCAGAGACCCCCAGGAAGUCAAAGAUGCUAAAACCAUGUUGCAUCAGAAAAGCAGUCGCCCUUCGGUGCCCAUUUCCAAUGCCACCAAGCGGAGUUUCAUGCCCAGCCCGGUGGUCUCCAGUUCCGCCGACCUGCAGCCUCCGAGUCAAGUCCCGCCGGAGACGUGCAACAGUGGCAAAGGAAGUCCUGCCUUCAGCACAUCGCACCCGUUGCUGCCUUUAAGGCAGAAGCAACAAAAGUCUGUACAGGGGGAAGACACUUCAGAUCAACGGCAUCGGUCUAAUUCCUUGACUCGGGCAGACGGGCAGCCUCGGGAUUCGAUUCUGGCGUGGCCAGAGAAGAAGCAAAGGCCUAUUUCACAACCCACACCGUUCGGUCUUCACCACGCGGCGAGCAGCGACGCAGACCCCAGCUCUGGCGAUAGCAUUAGCUUGGCCAGGUCCAUCAGCAAAGACAGCCUGGCCUCCAACAUUGUCAACAUCACCCCGAAACAGCAGCUCCCCUCUGCCCCCGUGAAAAGCAGCGGGAAAAGCUUGCUGAAUAACGUGGAGAUCGAGGACGACGAGGAAGAACUGAUCGCCAUCAUUCGGCCCGAGGCCACCCCAAACCACGGCAGCCUGGAACUUCAGUGCGGGCCGGCUCAAUCGCCUGGUUUUGCCGGCACCGCCUGGACUCAGAAAUCGCCGAGCGAGGCUUCGGAAAAUAAGCCAGAGAGCUUUUUCCUGGAACCGUUAAUGCCCGCCCUUCUACGGCCAGCCAAGGAGAAGCAGGUCAUCAAUAAGGAGGACGAAUGUGGAGAAGGGAAAACCAGAGGUUAUGUGACCAAGAGACUGAGUGAAGGGCACACGGGGUUGGCCCGUAAGAAAACCAACAGCAGUCACAGCGAUCACAGCCUUAACAGGACUUUCAGCGUGGCUUCCAGUUCUGAACUAACCGUGGUUGCGGGUCCCAGUUUGGCCGAGCCCCUGGUGCACUCCGACGUCAGGAUAGAGCCCUUUUGUCCCCAAGCAAGCAGCAGCGUGGAGCCCUCCUCUCAAGAGCGGCCUUUGGCGGGGUUCUUCCUGCACGCUGCCAAAGCAGAGGAGGCCGUGUCCGGCAGCACCCACCUUGGUUGUCCCCAAAGCCCCAAUUCCCACCUCGCGGAGACCUCGUGGACGAUGGUUCGGCAAGACUCCGACUCGUCCAUCCUAGAUAUGGAGGAGGCCGACCAAGACAUGGUGGCCGAGGACCACCCUCUGAUUGCCAAGUACAUAGGAGAGGAGGAAUCGGCCAAGCUUCAGGAAGACAUGAAGGUCAAGGAGCACGAAGAUAAAGAUGACGCCAGCGGGCGGUCCAGCCCGUGCCUGAGCACAAUUUCCCAGCUAAGCAGCGUCUCCAUGACAAGCGGGAGCGCCCGGAUGACCAGCUUUGCCGAGAGGAAGUUUCAAUGGCUGAACAGUUACGAAACCAAAUCCAGCACCAGUAGCUCUCAGAAAACCACCCCGGAUGGAUCCGAGUGUUGUCCGCCUCCGCUCACCUCCUGGAAACAGAGGAGGGAGCAGAGUCCCACCAGACAGAGCAAAGACAACGUGAAUGUCUUGGCCUCUGAGCUGGUCCAGCUGCACAUGCAGCUGGAGGAGAAGCGGAGAGCCAUCGAGGCUCAGAAGAAGAAGAUGGAGGCCCUCUCCGCCAGGCAGCGGCUAAAACUAGGCAAGGCGGCCUUCUUGCACGUGGUGAAGAAAGGCAAGGGGUCGGAGAUGUCUCCACCCCUGAAGCCGGAACACUUUGCCAAGGAGUUCUCCGGCCACAACGGGGAGGGCCUGGAGGAGGACGCCUUGAGUUCCAAAACGGAGGCGUUCCUUACGAAGGAGGAAGCGGGCGAAGACGAAAUUCCCAAGGGGAAGGUUCAGGAAACGGUUGGCUUUGUGGAGGAGAACGUUCCCAGAGAGCCGGCCAUCCACGAAAUCGAGAAAAGCAAAAUGAUCUCCGCCGCUCUCCUGGAAGAGAACCUGGAGUCGGCUGACUUCGGCGAAUGUGACCUCUCCAUCGAGAAGCUGAACGAAACCAUCAGCACCCUUCAGCAGGCCAUCCUGAAGAUCUCCCAGCAGCAAGAACUUCUCAUGAAGGCCCCAACCAUGUCCUCAACGCGAGGAGGAGGAGGAGGAGGAGGAGGAGGAGGAGGAGGAGGAGGCUCUCAGGACCAAAAGAUAAAAGCCCCCAUCCACUUUGUGGAGCCCCUCUCCCCUACUGGCACCAGUAAUCUCCGCAAGCCACCCAGGCUCGGUCAAGGCCGAAGUCCCCGUUCGGGAAGACCGUCUGAACUCAAAGUGGCCAAGGACCGUUCCCACACCACGCCUCGCAUCAAGACCCCAACGCCUAGCGUCGACACCUUGCCCCAUUUGAGACAAUUCCCAUGUAACCAUUCGCCCAAGCUGGAGACGGCUCUUGAAAACCACCUGGCUCCAACGAGCACUCCUCAGGAGAAGUUUUUCUUUGAGAAUUACCGGCUCUGCGACGAUAACCAGAGAGGGCCGUUGGUUUUGUCCUCUUCCAAAGACACCAACAUCCUCACGGAAGCCCUCAAAGAUGUGAACAGCAACGUGGAAGACUUUCACCUGGCUUGCUUCGAGGUCUCGGGCAAGGAGAACAUCCACAUGGAAGAA